AUGAUCUUGUACUACACGAAAAUGUUCAGCAAUUACGAACACCCGAAUUGGGUGCAUCGGAACGAGUGUGCGAAUUUGUACGAGACUGUUUGCGUGAUUCACAGCGAUCGUCGCCACUUGAAUACCUCGGAUGCGGUGAUUUUCGAGCCACGCUUCACCUCGUUUCCCCGAAAAGAGGCGCAAAUUUUUGUCUUCUCUACACAAGAGGCGCCGGUGAGGAUUCGGGAUCCCCAUUUUCCAGCCAACUUUUUCAACGCCACAAUGACCCAUUUGACGAAUUCGGACGUUCAUUUUGGCUAUCGGAGUCAUUUUUAUACAAAAGAAGAGGCGUUGAAGAGAGGUAUUCGUUUUAAGCCGAUUUUCACCAAUUGGACGCUGGUGGGGAAACGGAGAAUGAGACUGAUCAGUGGAGCUGUGUCGAAUUGUGACGAUGUGACGAGUGGGAGGAAGGAGUUUCUCGAUGCGCUUUAUAAGUGGGUAUUGAAUAUUUUAGCUAAG